UUGUUGUGUUCUUCAAUGGAAAAAACAACAUUUUACAGCGCAUCGUUAAACCUCCCACGGCCCCUGAAGGCACCAUUCCUCGACGUCACCCUGGACUCGGAAGUGUUCGUCCUCACUUUCCUCUUCCUCCUCUUCCUCCUCUUCCUCCUGGCUCAAAUGGCGAGCUCCUCGGGUCCGGGUCGGACUGGACCGGGUCUCUGGGCCCCGGUGCUGCUCCUGCUGGUGCUGUCGGGACCGAGCGGGCCGGUCGGUGCCGUGUCCGAACCGGGGAAAUGGAUCCAGAGCGUGGACAGCGAGAUUCUGAAGAAGCAGACCUUCUUCUACUUCGCCAAAACUCUGUUCAACGGCAGCUUCAUCAACCUCAAACUGAUGUCAGAGACGUGUAACACUUCAACUCCCGUCCAGCUCAACGUGUCCUGGUAUCUGAGGAACUCUCACUGCUACGAUGAAGUCUUCGACCGCAACGCAUCGAGGGCGGGAAGUUACUUCAGGUCGACGAAGGUCAUACCAGGUGGAGGAAGUGGAUAUUACGUUUUCCACCAGUAUCCUGCCAUCACCUGCCAGCCGCCCAUCAGCCCCAACACGUUCGACCUGGAUGUCUUUGAGAUGAGAACACGUCUGACAGAGCUGCCGCAGCAGCAGCCAACCACAGCGAAGGCUUCAAGCAGGGAGAGGAGAGAGAUGAAGCCUCCAGAACCAAAGGUUGCUUUCAUCAAAGCAACUUUGACGGCGGUGGCCGAGAGCUGGGAGGAAGCGGACCUCUACAUGUUCAUCUGGCACAUCCGAAGAAAUCAAAGACAAGAACGAGUCCUGACGCGGCGCAAGCAGCGACGACCCUCGCCCCUGGAGUCUAACAGGGCCGUCAGUCACACUCUCACACAGACUGUUAACCAUUAA